AUGAAAAAGGUUUACUGUUUUUUAUAUUUUUGCAACGUGUUUUUUAGUGGUACAAAGUAUAAUAGAAAAACGAUUUUCAAUUUAAAUAUAAAAAAGAUUAAGAAUAUAGAAAACAAGUAUCCACAAAAUAAUAACAAUUUUAGUCAUAAACUUUAUAAUACAGAUGAUAAUAAUAAUAAUUAUAGUCAAUUUGACAUAAAUCGAGAUAAUGAAUAUAAUGAAAUAUUAAAUGAUAUAAUAUAUGAAUAUGAAAAAGAACAAAAGGAAAAAAAUAAAGGAGAUAAAAUAUCUCAAAUAAGUGAAAAAGAUGGAAAAGAAAAAAAUCAAAACACAGUCAACACCAAUAAUAAUAAUAAUAACACAUACAUACCAAAAAAUAAAGAGCACAGCACGUCAAAAGAUGAGCAUAAUACACCACUAUGGGAAAAGGAAAUUGAACGAAUAAAUAAGCUUAAAAAUAAUAAUUUACUAAAUUUAUGUGACUUAAAUUAUGAUUUUCAUAGACUGGUCAUUAAUACAUCGAAAGUGGACGAAAAUAACGAAGAGGAAAACUAUAAUAAAAUCAGUUUAUUUUUAGAAUCACAAGUUUUGAAUAAAAAUAAAGAAGAAUCAAACCUAUGUAUUGAGGACAGUAUAGGUCGUUACUUUUUAAAAAUAAACGAUGAGUUUAUUCAAACAAUUUCAGAAAAAGAAUUACAUAGUUUCAAAAAUGUAAUACAUAAAAAAAUUAUUUAUCUUAAAUACCAGUAUCUGAAAAAAUAUAAAAGUGCUAUUGAUCAAGCAAAAAAAGUUAGUAAAACAAAAACAGAAGAAAUAAACAAACAUGUAUCAUUAGUAUAUGAAGGGGACGAGAACAGUUCAAUGGAAAAUGAUGAUUCAAAUUUGUUAGGCAUGAAAGAAAAAAAUAGUAGUAAAAUGGGUAAUAAUAAUAAUGAUAAUAGUGAUAAUGUUAAUAAUAUUCAUAUAAAUAACUCUGAAGAAAAUGAAAUGAAAACAAACGCGCCAGAACUGUCUUUAGAAAAAAUAAACGAAAUGAUAGAUCUUAGCCAAAAGCUUUCUAAAUUGCAAAAAAAUUUUGACGACUUAAAAAAGUUUGAUAUAUUUAAAAUUUUAAAUGAAAAUCGAUUUUUAAAUAAUUUAAAAAUAAAAAACUUCCAAUUUUUUGAAUAUUCUUGUGCUUCUUUGAAAGAAGAUAUGGAUCAGUUCAUAAAAAAAAUCAGGAUGAAAAAAAAUGAAAACGAAAUUGAAGAAAGUGAUGUAAACAAAUUCUGUUAUUUAAGUGUACCUAAAAUCAAUGAUAUGCAUUUUUUAAAUACCGAAAAAAAAACAAUAAUAAUAAAAGUACCAAAUGAAGAAAAGAAAGAAAAAAAAAUAUUAAAACCUGUGAAAGAAUUGAAUAUUGAAACAGAUAAAGCAAUUCUAUUAUUAAGUCAAAAUGAUAAAAAAUUAAAUGUUAGUGUUCGAAGUAUUUGUGAUAAAAUUGGAUAUCUAACACAAGGGUUGUGUAUAUAUCCUCAAUUAGACAGUGAAAUAAAUAAUAAAGAAUUUGAUAAUAAAAAAAGUUAUUUGAAAAAUGAAAAAAUUAUUAAGAGGUUACUAAUAUUAUUAAUUUUUUAUUUUAAGAUAAAAAAUGUUUAUGUUAUAUGUAUGGAUGAUAUAAGUUCAAAACUUUUUUACAAUUUCAUUAAAACUAAUAAUAAUAUUUUUAAGGACUUUUACACAUAUGGUGUAGAAGAAGAAAAGGAUGAAGAAUCUACCCCAAACUCACAAAAAAGAAAAUAUGUAGAUCUUGAUAAAAUAACAUUUUCUCAUAUUUUCAACAAAAAUUUUGUACCUUUAUAUUCAAUAGAAUCAAUAAUAAAAAAUUAUGUUUUUAUAUUGGAUAAAGAUGAAAUAUUUUAUGAUAUUUCUUUUUUUAAAAGAUCUUGUUUAUUUAUGUUUUUAAAUAAAAAUUUAAACAAACAAAGUCAUGUUUUUUUUUCGAAAGUUCAACAUUUUGCUUAUUACAAAAAAUUUGAUUAUCCAUAUAUAUAUAAUAUUGAUACCAAAUAUUCACUAAGUACUUUAAAAGCUUUUAAUGAAAUUAUUUUAUAUUUAACAACAUGGAUUGAUAUAUUUAAUACUAGUGAAACAGAGGAUUUGAGUUCAAUCAAUUGGAUAAACGAAAAUGAACAGGAACAUAUAGAAUCAGAUAUAAAUAAUCCAAAAACAAAAAGUGAUAAAAAUUCAAACGAAAAUUAUGAUUCAGACCAAAAAUAUUAUGAUGAAUAUGACACAUCUAUGGAAAAUGAAUAUUCCGAAUUUGAUCAAUCAGACAAUACUGACGAAAAGGAAUGUAGUGGUGAAUAUGGCGAAAAUCCAUAA